AUGAGACCAACCCAACGUCUCCUCCAGGUGCUCACAGCAAGCCCGCAGCGCCCGCGGACCAUAGGCUUCAUCGGUCUCGGGCGCAUGGGCUCACCCAUGGCACACAACCUCUUGGAGCGCACUUUCAUCGAGUCUGUCGGUAAUGCGCGCUUCGUUGUAUGCGACGCGCGAACUGCCACCGCCGACGCGUUCGUCGCGGAUUUCGCGACCGAAUUUCCCCGUGUAGAGGUGAUCGUAGCCAGCUCGCCCGCAGAUACGGUUCUCGCGUCGGAAACAGUCAUCACCAUGCUUCCGUCGACCCCCCAUGUCAGGAAUGUGUACUCCGAGGCCGGCGGCAUCAUACCCGCCCUGCGCUCCCUUCCCCCAGAUGCGGUACGCUCCACGAUGUGCAUCGACUCUACGACUCUUGACGUCGAUGUCGCACGCGAAGUCUCCGCAGCCGUGCACAGCAUUGGGGCUACGAUGGUGGAUGCGCCGGUCUCGGGUGGUGUUACAGGUGCCAAAGCCGGGACUCUCAGCUUCCUGGUUGGCGGGACGAAGGUUGAAUUCGGUCGCGCGUCACCAACAUUGACGUUGAUGGGUAAGAAUAUCAUAUAUUGCGGGGGAUCAGGGGCUGGUUUGGUCGCAAAAAUUUGCAACAACCUGGUGCUGGGAGUGCAGCAAAUUGUCGUGGCGGAGGCGAUGUUGCUGGGCCAGAGGCUAGGGUUGGAUGCGAAGGUGCUCGCGUCAGUGAUCAACAGCUCAACGGGAGCUUGUUGGUCAUCUUCGGUGAACAAUCCAGUGCCAGGCGCGUUGCCAGAUAAGUCCCCGCCGUGUGAGCAGGACUACGAAGGGGGGUUCGCAACGAGACUGAUGUUGAAGGAUCUGGGCUUGGCGAGUGAUGUUGCCGACUCGGUAGGAAGUCCCUUGGCAUUAGGAGAGCUAGCAGAGCAGAUUUAUGGGGAUGUGGUGCGAGAGGACCCAGAGCUGAUGGAUAAAGAUUUCUCGUCGGUGUAUCGAUACCUGCGGCUAGCGGCGAAUCAGCGAAGCGGCUGA